AUGAUCAAUGUAAUAGCAGUUUUUCAAGACUUCUGGAAUUCUUCGACUUUCUACAGCUACAGAAAUUUAAGAGAUCUUACAAUUGAAGAAUUCACCUGGAACAAAAAAGAUAUGGUUAUUUUUCCCGAUCGCAUCAAGAAUCUUCAGGGCAUGCAGUUCCCAGUUCUAUUUGAAGCUGCAAGCUCAGGUGUUAUAAUCACAGUAAACUCUAGGAGUGAAACGAUAUUUGGCGGUUUUAUGGGAAAUAUUUUCAGUUCUUUUGCGGAGAAGAUCAAUGCUAGAUUAGAUAUGUCAAACGUAAACUCUUCGCUUCCGCCGAAUAGUGCUCAUGAAGGUGUCAUCAAUGGAACAAUUGAAAUGGCAAAUAGUGAAAUGAUGUUUUCGCCGGAACUUAAUAGAUGUUAUACAAAUUUUGGAGACCUCACAAUUAAAGAAUUCAUCUGGAACAGUAAGGAAGUGGUUGUGUUUGAAGACCAAAUAAGUAACCUUCAGGACAUUCGUUUCCCAGUUCAAUUCGCACCAGCAGAACAAGGAGUGAUUAUCUCAGAAAACGCUUACGGUGAUAAGAUAAUUGGUGGUUAUGUGGGAAAUAUUUUCCAAUCUCUCGCAAAGAAAAAGAAUGCUAGAUUGGACAUUUCGAAUAAACUUAUACUUUUUGGAUUAGCUUUUGUGGCAUUAGCUGCAGGUCAGCAAUAUCUGCCACCAAGCGAGGAACCUGUUGCUGUUCAGAAUGAAUAUCUUCCACCAAAGGAAGAAGCAGUAGCAGAACCUGAGCCUCAAAAUGAAUAUUUACCUCCUGUUGAGGAAUUAGUAGAAGCUCAACCAGAACCGGAUACCCAGUACUUGGCUCCUAUUGAAGCUGUUGAACCAAUUGAACAAAUUGCUGAAGAUGGUUACCGUUAUAAGACUGUCAAGCGUAUUCGUUAUAGGACUCGUCGUGACGUGAGUGAGCUUACUUCUGGACAAUAUUUGCCUCCAUCUGUUGAAGAUAGUUAUGGACCACCACCAUCUGGACCAGUACAACAAAGUGCUGAAUUAGCUGAUGAUGGAUACCGUUACAGGACUGUUAAGCGUAUUCGUUAUAGGCAUCGUCGUGAUGUGAAUGAAUUAGCUUCUGCUCAAUAUUUGCCUCCAGCUGAGGAAGAUGAUAGUUAUUCGUACCCAGCUCCAGCCCCAGUUACAGCCCAAGCUCUAGUUCCAGUUGCUGCACCAGCUCCUAUUGUUCAAGCAGCUCCAGUGCAAAUUUCAGCUCCAGCACCUAUUCAAGUAGCUGCUCCAGCACCAGUCCAAAUUUCUGCUCCAGCACCCGUUCAGCAAUCUGCUGAACUAGCUGAUGAUGGAUACCGAUACAAGACCGUCCGUCGUAUCCGUUACAGACUUCGUCGUGAUGUUAACGAAUUAGCUUCUGGCCAAUACUUGCCCCCAGCUGAGGAGGAAGAUAGCUACUCAUACCCACAGUCUGCUGAAUUAGCUGAUGACGGAUACCGAUACAAGACUGUCCGCCGCAUUCGUUACAGGCAUCGUCGUGAUGUAAAUGAGUUGUCUUCGGGUCAAUACUUGCCCCCAGCUGAGGAAGAAGAUAUUCAAAUUUCUGCUCCAGCUCCAGCUCCAAUUCAGCAAUCUGCUGAAUUAGCUGAUGAUGGUUACCGAUACAAGACUGUCCGCCGCAUUCGUUACAGGCAUCGUCGUGAUGUAAAUGAGUUGUCUUCUAACCAAUACCUGCCUCCUGCUGAGGAAGAUGAUACACCAGCACCAGCACCAGUCCAAAUUUCUGCUCCUGCACCAGUUCAAAUUUCUGCUCCAGCUCCAGUUCAGCAGUCUGCUGAAUUAGCUGAUGAUGGAUACCGGUACAAGACUGUUCGUCGCAUCCGUUACAGGCAUCGUCGUGAUGUCAACGAGUUGUCCUCAAAUCAAUACUUGCCCCCAGCUGAAGAAGAAGAUAGUUAUUCAUAUCCAGCACCAGCUCCAGUUUCUGCUCCAGCUCCCAUCGUUCAAGCAGCUCCAGUUCAAGUAGCUGCUCCAGCACCAAUUCAAGUAGCUGCCCCAGCUCCAGCACCAGUCCAAGUAGCUGCACCAGCACCAGUUCAAAUUUCUGCCCCAGCACCAGUUCAAAUUUCUGCUCCAGCUCCAAUUCAGCAAUCUGCUGAAUUAGCUGAUGAUGGAUACCGAUAUAAGACCGUCCGUCGCAUCCGUUACAGACAUCGUCGUGAUGUCAACGAACUUUCUGCCCAAUACUUGCCCCCAGCAGCUGCUCCAGCACCAGUGCAUGUUUCAGCUCCAGCUCCAAUUCAGCAUACCGCUGAAUUAGCUGAUGAUGGCUACCGUUACAAGACUGUGAGGAAAUACAAAAUCAAACGCCAUUAA